GCCACGACACGGCGAGUGCGCAGGUUCAUUGCCCCGAGAGAUGGAAAGCCUUGCAAUCGUGAAUUAAAAAUACUAACAGAGUCAUGAAAACAAAAGUAAAGCCAGUCAUUGACACACUCUUUUAUAGUAGUGGUCGUAAGAAAACCGUCCCUGCCUGUUCCUUGGAGGUCACAGCAGAUUUCCAUCCUUUUGUCAGCUAUCAUGCCUACGGGGUCGGAUCCAAGGAUUGCACAUCAAAGAGCACACAAUAUCUGCCAUUUUUCAUGGACAAGUUUGGUCCAAAAUGGACGGAAUAUACCACAACAGCUCACGAACAACUUCCUGGACACCAACUGGAGGUUCAGAGCUAUGUCGAGUAUUUUGAAGACAGCUGCGAAGAUGCCAUUCAUUGGCUGGGAGCCUUCAACUACUUCCCAGGAUUCACCGAAGGGUGGACAACUUACAUUGAGUACGAGCUGCUGCCUCAAGACUCCAAUCUUUAUUCAGAUACUUCAGACAAGGAGGUGUUGCUACAGAAGUACGGCAUGAUCUACUACCAGAUUUUAGCCGCCCUUCGCAUUAUUGUUGACAUCGAUCUAAACUAUUACGACAAGACAACUUCUGAUGCGCUGUAUCUGUACAAGCUGUACGCCUGGGAAGACAAUACAGACCUAGCACAAAAAGAUAUCUUGAGAUCACAAGCCCUACCAGGAUUUGUAGCCAGCUAUGUGUUUGGUCAAAUGGAAAUCUCCCGUGUCAGGGGCAUGGCCGAGAGAGGACUGGGGCGAGAUUUCAACUUGAAAGAUUUUCAUUACGAGGUGUUACGCCUGGGAGAAUAUCCCUUAGGGUACUUAGAGGAACACAUACGGGCCUAUAUUGCUUGUAAGAAAAACCCCGAUCGCGAUGAAUGUAAAGAGUUUUAGAAGACUAAGUUUGUAGUCUAAUCUAUGGAUAUUGUGUUCAAAGCGCAGUUCUGAUUGAAUGGGA